AUGCAAAAAAAAUCAAUAUCAUCCAUACCUCGAAAAAUCGGUAUUGAAGAGCAAUUGAAGGAAACUCUUUCGUUGCCUAUAUGUUCUACUCCAUCAUCAUCAAUACGUAGAAAACGCAAUGAAGCAAACAAGGUUGUACUUCUAGGAAACAAAUUCAUAGAGAUCACUGAAGAGCUAGGUGAAGAUCAACAAAAUGAAGUGAAGAGACACAACGUGAAGCUAUGCAAGUUGAUUGUCAAACUAAAGAUCAUAUCGAAGGCGAAAUUCAAGAUGAUGCCAAAUCUGAUGAUGAUGCUAAAAUUUGAUGUUGAAUCCAAAUUAGAUAAUGAUGAAAUUGAAGAUAAUCAAUCCAAAGAAGCUGCACAAAGGCCCCAAUCAGCAAAUGAUGAUAAUGAUGCAACUGAAGAUGAUCAAUCCAAAGAAGUUGAGGCUGCACCAACGCCCCAACCGGCAAAUGAAGAUAAAGUUAAUGUUGAAGAGGAAGCAGAGGAGGAUUCUAUUUCUAAAUAUGAAUCAGUAACUAUCAAACAUGAAGAAAUUGAGCAAGAUGAAGAAGAUGAAAAAGCUAAUACUGAUAAGGAAAAUCAAGAGGCUGAAGAAGUUGUACCUGAACAAGAUAGCCAAGUCUAA